GCUUUAUACUGGAGCGCAAUAUGCACUUUGUGGUCGCCAAUAUAGUAACGCCCCUGACUCAAAGCAAAGGAGUUUCCUUUGUAACUCUUUGGGGUGGCAGGCGGGUGGAUUACUUUGUGUCCCAUUCCUGGGGCACCAGCUUUCCGCAUUUCGUCAAUUCCAUCCAGUGCCAUGCUCUGUCCAAAGAGGGCCCCACUUCUUGGGUCAAUGCAGCAUAUUGGAUUUGUUCGUUCGCGAACAACCAGUGGAACAUUGGAGCUGAACUUGGAAGUGACCCCAUGGAGAGCGCCUUUGCACGAACUUUGACGGCGGGAAUCAAAGGAGUUGCGAUGGUCUUGGACCAGGAAGUGCAGCCUCUCACAAGAGUUUGGUGUCUAUUCGAAUUUCUACUGUCCAGCCGGGAGCACUUGGAGUUGGUUUUUGUCACCAACGUUGGUGUAAUAGGUGAUGAUGGCUGCAGCUCCUUUGACAUUGCGUUGGAGGUGGGUAAGAAGAUCAAGUCUCUGCAAGUUGCCACGUGUGGGGCAUCUUCUGAGAAAGACAAGAAAGACAUCUUCGAUUACAUCAUCUCCGAGUUGGGAAGCCUUGAGCGAAUGGAUGAUCAAAUUCGAAAGCUCAUGGCUCAGAUGCUGAUGCGAAAUUUGGCCAAUGUGGAAAAGGCAACUGGAAGUCUUGUCGAUAGCCUUGGCCAGGGCAGCGCAACAGACACAGACGCAACGCUGUAUGAAGCACCUAAGCUGCACCCAAGAGUGCCCAAAGACGCCACCCCCGGAGGAGCUGCUCACAACAGCGACUGCCACGUUGGCCGGAGACUUCUGCUACCAGUGACCAAAAAAUGCAGCACCCUGCAGAGUGCAAUGUCGCGCCUGCGAAAGGGAGAGAUGCAUGUUCAUCCCAGCGUUUUCCGAUUGGACUGCUUGAUUCACUCCGGGGCACUGGAAGGUAGCCACCCUGUGCCCCAACCGGGAAGUGGAGCGGGUGCCAGGCGUUUGCAGGUGAUUGGCUGGGCCGAACUUUGUGAACGGAAAAAGUUGACGGCCGGGUCGUGCUUUCAACUCCAGCCCACCGUGGCAGCUCCACUCUGCGAGCUGCAAGGGCCCCACGGGCGCCACGGGGCGCCUGCGCAGCUCCGGCCUGCCGCAGCGGGGAUUCUGACCUUGACAUCCGGGGAGCUACGCAUCACCGGGCAAAUUCAGAUGACUUCUCUCCGCCUGGCAGCCAAGACUGUGAACUUUGCAGAUGCUCACGUGGAAGCGUGGCAUGAAGGUCUAUCCGAUCCAAACUCUACCGAGUCUGGUGGCGCCUUUUUCAGCAACGGGUCAUUCACUUUGACCAGAUCCCAUCUGACAGUGAGGGGCGCCGCAGCCGUGAGCGGCGGUGGCUUCGCCGCUGAUGGAGACCUGAUCUUGGGUGGCAUAGUAGGGAGCAGAUGUGGUCAUUGA